AUUUGGAUCUUAUACUGAGCAUAAUUUAUUGAUAAACUGAGAAACCUUUCAGACCUGUCUGCAAACCACAGAGUAGACGUCGGACUAAAAUGGUGUCGGACUAAGUGAUGACAACACUGGAGGACAUGCACCAACCGGGCGAUGCCAGAACAGGAAUGACAGCGCCGAGCGGCAGUUUGGCCGACGCUGUGAGUCUCAAUGAAGAAUGCUGUCUCGAUUCCAGCGCCACUGCCCCCGCUCCUCUGACUUUUUUUUGGCAUUCGAAGUUUGCCCCAGUAGUAGAUCCGGCUUGUAACAGUUGCUCGAGGUUUGAUGUGCUAGCCGUUUGGUGCGGACUCGAAGUACUCGGGAUCACUACCACAGGCAAGCGUCUUGCCCGUGCUGGAUAGCAGCUUCGUCUGGACAGUCCGUGUAGAUAUGUUCAGCAUUGAGUAUUGGCUCUUGUAGGGUAUGUUGGUGAUGGUUCCUUCCAUGUAUUGUUUCGUCGGGAAUGUGAGAUUGUGGGAGAGGGGAGAGAAGGAGCGUCGUGAAAUGCUGAAGGAUAGAGGGGCUAUGGAGAGGAGAACAGGAUGGUUGUCGCCAAUGGAGGAAAUGUCGUAUUUUUGGGUGGUCGUGGUGAUGAUUGUCUUGGCAUUGAGAUCGGGAGUGGGAGCUGAAGUAGUGGGACAGUACGCAAAUCAGACCUUUCCGGCAGUAGCGUCUGGUAACCUAAGCUCGUACGACCAGACCAUUCAGCUCGCGGCUUUCUCCACAUUUGCGAGGAUGAGUCCGCUCACGGGAAUCCCUUUCUCCACAGUCCUGCCAGGGGACUUAGCGAAUGUCACUGUGGAGGCUGUUCGACUGCGCGUGGGCAGUUUGCGGAGGUAUGGCGUCACGCUUGGAAGGUUUACGAUACCGCCGGGCUUACGAAUCUCUAACGUCUCCUCUUUGAGGGUGAUUUUGGUGUACAGGGAUUUCGGCAAUGUUUCUGUGUAUUCUUCGUCGGUACCGGGGCAGGUUUUCGUGAGCUCUUUGGUUGGGAUCAGGGUGUACAAUGCCGAUUUGUUGGGGCCGACGACUCCUUUGCCUGCUCUGACUGCUGUAUCCGAGACCCCCAUGCAGGUGAUCAUACCGCCCAACGCCCGACCCUCUUACUGCGUUGAGUUUGAUGCCGAUGGAACAGCUCUAGCGACCAAUGCGAGCGCGACAAAUGUCAGCGCGACUAAUGGAACCUCUCUGACCUACGCGUGCUUCUCGAGAAAUCUCGGCGAAAACUACUUCGCGUUGGUGGGAUUAGCUCCUCCCAGGAAGAAAUCUAACACAUGGAAGAUUAUACUUGGAACUGUCCUAGGAGUAUUGGGUGUUAUUGUACUUUCUUCUUUACUCAUCUUUUGCUGUCGGCGGCAGCUUCAGAAACGUAAAAUCUCAAAGAUGCAAGUGCAAGCUGAGAAAGGGGAAACGCUUCAGUCGACUGUGGUCAGAAACUCAAGGGCUCCAGUGGCGACACAGACACGGACGCGACCGAUGCUUGAGAAAGACUUCAAUGUGACUUGACGAGCUUCUCGUCGCCAAGAUGGAUGAUCGGCCAAGGAAAUUCGCAACUUCUGUGGCAGCUGCUUUUGAGGCUUUGCCCUGGGAUUGGAUAUCAUGCAGGUCAGACGUAGUCUUACAGGGUUACACUUUCGUUUUCAUGCUGAAGAGCGGGUGACAGGUGAUGGCUAGAAGAUGGUAGAGCCGUCGCAAUGCUGAUAGCGCUCCCGCUCAUCGACCAACGUCCAACAAUAACUGCAUGAAGGUAGUGGGUGUCAGUACAUUACAGUUGCGUUAAGACGUGCGCUACGGCUGUAGCCCUGAAGCUUGUAAAUUAGUUUUGUGAAUUGAAUUAGAUUCCGGUGAAGACCAACGCAGGAAGUUGGUUCAUUUAUUGGUUAGGGUUGAGCAUGCUGUGAUUUUCGUUGCCAGCAUGUAGGUCUGGAUGGGAUAUCAUUCUUUUUCUCCCUGAGAGUGGACAUCAAUGCGAUUCACUGUCUUGUAAUAUGUCCCUGUUCUUUCUUAUUCUUCUUUUUAUCCCUCUAUGCCUUGAGCACA